AUGACUGAAGAUAUUCUCACUAAAAACCUGGAAAAAUUCUCUAGAGUACUAGGUGAAGAUAUGGCCGCAAACACGAAAGAGUUAAAACAAGAAUUUAAAAUGAUACGAGUUAAAUUAGCUACUAUGGAGGACAACUUUAUCAAAUUAGACAAUAAAUAUAAGCUUUGCCAAGAAGAGAUAACCGAAAUGAAAAAUAAAAUAGGAGCACUGGAAGCUAAAGUCUGCGACAUUGAAGACAGAUCUAGAAGAGCAAACAUCAGAAUCCGACAUAUUCCAGAAGAAAUCUCCAAUGAAAAUCUGGAGAGUUUCCUUCUGGAGUUCUUAAAAAAUUUAAUUCUGGGUGGAGCUCCACAUGACCAUUCAAUGGAUCGUCGACACCGACUACCCAGACCUCAGAAUGCUCCGGAGACAUACACAAGAGACGUAAUGGUGAGAUUUCAUUCAUAUCAAACGAAAGAGAGUUAUGGCAGCGAUGAGGAAUAA